GAUCACGUAUGCCAUGUAAAUUAAAGUUACUUUUUGAAGACUUACUAAUUAGAUGUUAACACGCCUCACUCAACAGCUAGCCUUGUCUGAAUGUCAGUAAUGUGACCUCUGGGGUCACCGGCGCCCUCACAGCACCAACACGUCACAGUCUCUAUUAAGUAAUGGGAGAGUUACAGAUUAAAACCACUGCUGAGCACGCACGAGUGACGCGCCAACACUGUUUGUAUGCAGUCUUUGGGAGUCCCGCUUAGAACAACAUUCUGUCAAACAAUCCCUGCUGGUGUCAUGUCCUCAAAUGCCAAGGGGGUCAGAGGUCUUGGUGGUGUGACGGCUACCCAAGGCCCACUCAGGUUUCUAACAGGGGGUCCAGGUAAAAUUAGUAAGAUGUUGUUCACUUGCACUUGACGGUCAGACACUUGCUGCACUCAGAGAGCAAAGUCUGAGCGGCUCAGACUUGUGGGGGAUUUUGAACAACCAUCGCUGGGUUGAAUGCACCAUGGAAUCAUGACAUCAAGCGGGGAUGAAGAGGAGUUUGAUGAGGCUGGUCAGCAGGACUCCAAUGACACCACCUGGAGCUGGACCCGCCAAACCAUGAACUAUGUGGGCCAGCUGGCGGGCCAAGUGUUCGUCCAGGUCAAAGAGCUGUACCGAGGCCUGAAUCCCGCCACCCUGUCAGGCUGCAUCGACGUCAUCGUCGUCAAACAGCCCGAUGGCUCUUUGCAGUGCUCGCCCUUCCACGUUCGCUUCGGCAAAAUGGGUGUUCUCCGUUCCAAGGAGAAAGUGGUGGACAUGGAAAUCAAUGGCGAUCCUGUGGAUCUGCACAUGAAGCUCGGAGACAAUGGAGAAGCUUUUUUUGUGCAGGAAACAGAAGGCGAUCAGGAAAUUAUUCCCUCCUACUUGGCGACCUCGCCCAUCUUGUCCGACGGGCCCGUUCUUAAAAACUCCUCCCUGAAGAACUCUGGUCCACCUAUUCAAACCUUGGGCUCCAUGGGGAGCAAUGGAGAGAACGGUAGCAUGAAGAAGAGGAGGAAGAGGAGGAGGAAGUGUCGGGCAGACAGUACGAGGAGGGAAGACAGUGGGGACUAUUAUGCAGAUGAAGACAUGUUUGCCAUUGAUAUCAGCUCGGAUGAGGGCACGGAAAAGGAGAACAACAGAUCUUCAUCCAGAGAUGUCCUGAGAGAGGAGACAACUGCUGGUUCUUUCAAACAGAGUGGUGUCUACACUCGAUCAGAUGGGGAGUGGAGCCCCUUCAACAGCCCCACUAGCUCUCGCCCCACGUCUCCCAAGAGUGACUCUGAAUUAAUCACCAACUCAGCAGACAGUCAGAAUCCAGCCAUGCACUGGGCAUGGGGAGAGCUUCCUCAAGCUGCCACGCCUUCCUUCCUCCCGCUGAAGUCCGAUCCUCCUGCAGUUUGUCCCGUUUCCAUCCCCGUAUCAGAGAACACCCACUUCCGCGUGAUUCCUCCAGAGGUGUCAUCAGGGCAGUGUGGGGGCUGCUGUGCAAUACCAGCCCUUCAACAGGAAAAGAGGGCAAUCCAAGAGGAGGAAGUUGUAGUUUCUGCGGGAACUGAGUCGGGAUCAGUGAGGAUGGAGGCUCAGGCGGUAUCUUCAGACACGCAGGUGACUGCGCCUAGAGGUUCGGUGACAGCCGACGCAGAAGAGACAGCGUCUCAUAUACUUGGCAAGACAGACUCUCCAUGCAAGAGAAAAGACAAGAGGAGCCGCCAUCUUGGCUCUGAUGGAAUAUACCUGGAUGACAUCACGGAGCUGGAACCGGAAGUAGCCGCCCUAUAUUUUCCCAAGAGUGACAGCGGCGUCACCAUGAGGAGCAUCUCUGAUCCGGGGCUUCGCAGCAGCAGCCUGUCACCACAGUCGCUGAGCUCGGGAGGUGACAGCGGAGUGGACAGCUACUGUGACCCCACAUCUGACCUGACGUCCGUCAGCAUCUCUCUCUGUGGGGGGCUCACCAACAGCAAGGAGAUCACCAAAGAGCAGUUUGACGAGAAGAUCAUCUCCUAUCAGCAGUUCUUGGAAAACCCGAGCAUCAUCGACGACCCCAAUCUGGUUGUGAGGAUUGGAACAAAGUACUAUAACUGGAGCACUGCGGCUCCACUUGUGCUGGCUCUGCAGGCCUUCCAGAAACCCCUGCCAAAGGCUGCAGUGGAGAAAAUCAUGAAGGAGAAGAUGCCCAAAAAAGGAGGGAGGUGGUGGUUCUCGUGGAGGGGCAGAAACAGCACCACCCAAACAGAUUCAAAGGACGGCAAUGGGGCCUCUCCAGAUCAAGAAGGGAAACUGAAAAUCAGGCAAGAAGAGACGUCCUCCAGCGAUGAGGACCUCCAUGCUGCCAAGCAGAGCACUCCCAUCGUUCAGUCGGAACCAACGCUCUCUUUAGGAGGCGUGUCUUACAAAAAAACGCUCCGGCUCACAUCGGAGCAGCUGCUCUCAUUGCAGCUGCAGGACGGCCCAAACGAUGUUGUUUUCAGUGUGACCACUCAGUACCAGGGAACCUGCCGCUGCCAAGGAACCAUUUACCUCUGGAACUGGGACGACAAAAUAAUCAUCUCUGACAUAGAUGGAACCAUCACCAGGUCAGACACGCUGGGUCACAUCCUGCCCACUCUGGGGAAAGACUGGACACACCAGGGAAUUGCACACCUCUACCACAAAGUUAGCCAAAAUGGCUACAAGUUUCUGUACUGUUCAGCUCGAGCCAUAGGCAUGGCGGACAUGACCAGAGGUUACCUAAACUGGGUCAACGAGAGGGGCACCAUGCUUCCUAUGGGUCCUGUCCUCCUGAGUCCCAGCAGCCUUUUUUCAGCUCUGCAUCGGGAGGUGAUCGAGAAAAAGCCUGAGAAGUUUAAGGUGGAGUGUCUGACCGACAUCAAGAACCUCUUCUACCCAAACAGACAGCCUUUCUACGCUGCGUUCGGCAACAGACCAACGGAUGUGUUUUCCUAUAAAGAAGUAGGUGUGCCGCUAAACAGGAUUUUUACAGUGAACCCUAAAGGAGAGCUAGUGCAGGAGCACGCCAAGACCAACAUUUCAUCGUAUGCCCGUCUGGGAGAAGUGGUUGACCACGUCUUUCCUCCCGAGAUGCAGUCCACCUCCUCAGACUUUCCCUGCUCGGACACCUUCAGCCAUUUUACAUUCUGGAGGGAGCAGCUCCCUCCGGUGGACCAUCAGGGAACAACAACCCCUCAGCAGAAUCCGCCUCAGCAGCUGGAGAUGAACGGACAGUGAUGUGUGUUUUUCAUGUAGAAAACUGAGCACUUUGUACACAGCAGCCUAGUAUCUGCUGUGAAUAGUCUUAAGGCACAAGAUGCAUAUAAAUGCACAUUUCUUCAAGAUGGCGUGACUGUAGAUUAAGGCAGCUUAGCGAAGACUUUUAGAGGGAGAGUUUGCAAUAUCUAUUUAUGUAGCUAGUUAUUAUUUUCAAAAACACCAGUAUGCUAAUAUUUUCUUAUGUCAACUGUUUCAGGAUGAUGCAAUUUGUUGAAUUCAGAUUAGGAUAACAGAUUCCAGUGUUUUUUUUGUGUGUGAUAUUAUAAUGGUAAUAUUAAAUAUGAGCAAUAUUGAACUUUUUCAUUAAAAAAACAGGCAGGUGGAAGUUAUUUCCAGCUGUUUGAAAUGAAUGUAACGGUGCAGAAUAAUAGAAAAAAAUCCUCUGAAAAUAGUGCAACAAACUGUUAAAUAGAUUUUAUAUUUAUAAAACACAAGUGUUACAAAUAUAGUUUAUCUUAGAUUUGUUUGGCUCUUAUUACACUCCGGCUUUAGCUUUCCUGGGUCAGACUCUGGCGACCCCGUGACCCCAAAAGGGAAAUAGCGUGCUAAAAAAAAGGAUGGAUGUUCAUUUUAUGUAACUUCACUGCCAGUAUGAGGUCACACUGAGCAUGUAAGCAUGUCUAAAAUGUGUCACUUGUCAACAGAUAUCUGUUUUAUGACCUUUAGGCUGCAGAAAAGUGGAAAAAAAAGGAUUUAACGAAAGCUGUAUUCUUUCUAUGAAAGAAUCAAAACAGAUGGAAGUUUGUUUGUUUUUUUUUUUUUUUGCCUUUUUUUUCUUUUCUCUUUGACUCCAGUGGUGAAGUUGAAGCUUCCAGUUCAGUAAAAUGACUGCUAUUGA